CCAGAUCUCAGCCAAAACUGAGUCUGACCCAAAAAAUAUAUGUCCACAUGAAUGUAUUUUCUAUUUGUGUAGUGUGUGUGAUAUCAUUAUUCUCCAGCAGAGGACACAAAUGAGCGGAGAAAACAACCCAGUCAAUCUUCACACACUUUAAUUUGUGGUGUAAUGUUGCUAUUCUAGCUGUUAUAUGAACAUAAUAGGCUGGGAUGCCCCCUUGUGGUUCAUAAUGAAACUUGUAUUACUUGAUUUAAGCCAAGAAACAUGGAUACAUAUAUAUGCUAAAUUCAGGUACAUCACCACUUGUGAAACAGUUUCAACGUAAAAGGGUGGCCCGUACCUGAAUUCAGGUUUGGCAGGCAUUCUCAGCAUACUUGCUUUGUGAAGGAGGAGUCUUACGCUAAAUCAUUUCAUGCAACACUAGAUGAACCAAACGAAAAUGAAAGAGCAAUGAGACGAGAGCAACACCAUGCUAAAUAUAAGAUUUCACAGAAUUAAAUACCAUUUCUUCAGGUACUGGUAAUGUAAAUGGAUUUUAAAUUGAGGAAAGAAACACAUUGAUGUUUAAAGAUGCUAAGAUGCAAUAAUGGGAACAUAUCUCCACUGCAGCCAACAUCACCAUUAAACCAACUGAUUUUAUCCAAAUUCCUGAGGAUCAACCCAAAAGUCCUGGGGGUUUUUGAAAUAUCAGUAGGUAUGAUGGUGUUCAUCCUAACAAUCUGGACAGGGUUUUAUUACCUCUUCUGGUCGCCUCUUAUUACGAUUUUAACUGGAGCUGCAACGGUGUCAGCUGCACGUACACUUAACAUGUGUCGGGUCAGAACCUCUCAGUUUCUCAACUGUUUUGUUGCCAUAACAGCUGCUAUCUCCAUCCCCUUUCACUAUAUUGACACCUUCGGCAUAAGAAUCAUUGUCUUUGUGGUUUGUGACAUCCUGAUCUUCAGCUUCUCUGUGAUUGUUGCCUCAUCCCUAUGUGAGUGUUGCAGGACGAAGUCCAGACAUGUUGAAGUCUGUUACGUGAGCACGCCUGUUCCUAAUGUAAAUGUCAACAAUUUUGUUCUGGGCCCUUAUGCACCUCCACCAAACUAUGAAUCUGGCUUGUUUGCGACUCCACAACACUACAGUACUGCCGCAUCUUCACCACAUUAUAGUCCAGCCUAUUUUGCACCUCCACAAAACUACGACCCAGAUCACUUUGCACCUCCACCAGACUACAGUACACUCCCAUCUGCACCUCCACCAGAAUACAGUACACUCCCUUUUACACCACCACCAAACUAAGAGAUAAAGACAGGAGAACCAGAAGACAAAGCAGAUCUCAGCCAAAAAGUCACCUCAUGAUAUUUCUAACACAAGAAAUAUAUGUCCACAUAAAUUUUCUGUUUGUGUAGUGUGUGUGAUAUUAUUAUUCUCCAGCAGAGGACACAAAUGAGCGGAGAAAACAACACAGUCAAUCUUCACCCACUUUAAAAUGCUUUAUUUGUGGUGUAAUUUUGCUUUUCUAGCUAUUUUUUGAAAGCACUCCAGAACAGUCUGUGUUGAACCUGUACAUUAUUUUCCACGUUACAAGUAUACACUCAUACCUUUCAAUGAUUUGCCAUCUGUUUUUUGCAAUCCGUCUUUUCAUAAGCCUAUAAUAUCCAAAUAAAUCCAUCAUAUGUCAGCAAACCCAAAUGCUCAUUAUAAAUUACACCCAGAAAAUGUAUAUUUCACUCAUUUUAUUAGCGAAAGAAAAUAAUCAUGUCACUUGUAGAACAUAAACAUGAAGAUCUUCUGAACGUAAUGGUUUCUCAAGUUUAGCUUAUGUCCCUGCCUGUAAACUAACACUGGGUGUAAGGGACACACCCAGCCGUAAGGUUACAUUUACCCAGAAAAGAUUUAUAUGUUACCCAUUAAUGGGUUAAAACAACCCAGCAUAUGUUAAAUUACAUGUAAAAUAACAGAAAAUUAAUAAAUAACGGAAUACUAAUUUUUGCAUAAUUAGGAAAGCAUGCUCUGGACUGUCACUUAUUAUUAAGAUAUUUUUUAGUGAUAUCGGUCAGAUUUCAAACAUCAUAAAAUUUCUAAAGAAAUUGUUUACUGCCAACCUUUGGUUUUGAACCUUAAAGUAAGUGUCUUUGAACGAAAAACCUUUUCAUUUGAAUGUUUUGCUUCAGUGGCUCAUUGCUGAGCUCUGUCAUCUGUUCUCUGUAUUAAGGUGUCUUACAGCUGGAGAGUGUGUGUGUGUGUGUGUGUGUGUGUUUGUUUGUAAAAUGUUGUUUAGCCAAACGUCUUCUCUUGUGUGUGACACAGCUGUGUGUCUAACAAACAAAAGAGAUGAGACCAACCAAGGUUUCCAGAUUGGAUGAGAAGGCCAAUUCCUCAGGGAUGAAGGUCACUCCUCCUCCCCUGACUGUUUGUUGAACAUGCCGACAGGCUGAAAUAAUCUGCUUGGCUCCCAAAAAUAAAGAUGCCUGAAAGGU